GCGGGGCGAGCACUCUGCCGAGCUGCUCUGCCUGCGUCCGCUCUUCUCGUAGCAAAGGGUGGGCGCAGGUCCUCGGAGGCGCAGGACUGCACGUCCGACAGAAAGAAACUUUGGGGCGCCUGGAGUGCCGGCUGACCGGGAGAUCGGUUGGCUCUUCGUGCGCGGUCUUUAGGUUUAGCCGCUCAAAGAAGCGAGAUGUCGAAGCCGCCUCCCAAACCAGUCAAACCAGGGCAAGUUAAAGUCUUCAGAGCUCUGUAUACAUUUGAACCCAGAACUCCAGAUGAAUUGUACUUUGAGGAAGGCGACAUUAUCUACAUCACUGACAUGAGUGAUACCAACUGGUGGAAAGGAACCUGCAAAGGCAGGACUGGGCUAAUUCCAAGCAACUAUGUGGCUGAGCAGGCAGAGUCCAUUGACAAUCCACUGCAUGAAGCUGCAAAAAGAGGCAACUUGAGCUGGUUGAGAGAGUGUUUGGACAACCGAGUGGGUGUUAAUGGCUUAGACAAGGCUGGAAGCACCGCCUUAUACUGGGCUUGUCAUGGUGGCCAUAAAGAUAUAGUGGAAGUGCUAUUUACUCAGCCAAAUAUUGAACUGAACCAACAGAACAAGUUGGGAGACACGGCUUUGCACGCUGCUGCCUGGAAGGGUUAUGCAGACAUUGUCCAGCUGCUUCUGGCAAAAGGUGCUAGAACAGACUUACGAAACAAUGAGAAGAAGCUGGCCUUGGACAUGGCUACUAAUGCUGCCUGUGCAUCUCUCCUGAAAAAGAAGCAGGGAACAGAUGCACUUCGAACAUUAAGCAACGCUGAGGACUAUCUUGAUGAUGAAGACUCAGAUUAAUUCCCUUUGGGAGCUUUGAGACCUAAAACUUCUUUUUCCUUUUGCCAUUCCAAAACCUUAUUGUUGCCAGAAGAGUAUUGGUAACUGUAAGAAAAAAGAAAAAAAAAAGUAUAUAUGAACGUUGCGGUGUUGCACUGUGAUUGAGUAGAACGUGGAAAUGAAUAGUUUUCACCUUCAUUUGCCAAUAAGUAACCAGAUACCUUGCUGUAUAAAAUACAUUUAUGUUCACCAGUGUAGAACAAGAAGAGAUUAUUUCUAUUUAUCAAGCUAAAGGAAUUUAAGGAUUUUUUUUAAAAUCGGGAUUUUUUUUGGGGGGGGCAGGGGUUCUUUACCUCAAGGAUUGAGAUAUUUUGAAUAGAUUUUUUUUCAAGGGGGGAUGCUUAUUAUAAUAAUAUACCAAAAUACUUAAUAGGAAACUGUCAGCUAUUCUGACAAAAAU